AUGGACCGUGGCAUGGUGCAGCGGUGGCUGCGGCAGGUCCUGGAGCCGGUAGCCUACGACGACGGGCGCGCCGCGCUCCUCUUGCUGCUCGAUGGGACGCUUCCGGCAGAGUACGGGGGGGUGGUGUACUACAUACCCGUGCAUAUAUGGAUCCCGCGGGCGUAUCCGCGCGAAGCACCGACCGUGUACGUGAUGCCGACCAAAGACAUGCUGGUGCGGCGCAGUGCGUACGUCGAUCCCAGCGGCCGCGUCUAUGCGGAAUACAUGCAACAAUGGGAACGCAAACCAGAAGGGGCCGAUAUCCUGGACCUCUUGCGUGCGUGCCAGGGGCAUUUUGGGCAGGAGCCGCCAGUGGUGGCCAAGCCCACGGCGGCGGGGCCGUCGCAGGUCGCCGCCCAGCCGCCGCCGGCUACCGCGGGCAGCGCCGGAAGCCCCCGGCCUGCCGCGCAGCCCGCACGCCCCCCCAACCCCGAGCUCGCGGCACUGCACGAUGCAGUCUACACCAAAUUCCGUACCCGCCGCGACGAGCUGCGCCAUUCCGUGUCGCAGGCGAAUGCGCAGCUGCGUGUGCUCCUAGACGAUCUCGAGCGUGGCCAGCCCGCCAUCCAAGACGAGAUGCAGCGCCUCGAGGCGGUGCAGGCCGUGUGUAAUACACGUACGCACCAGCUGAACGAUACCAUGCAGGCCGCGCAGAGCCGCGCGCACGAGCUGCAGCUGCGCCCCGAGCCGAAUGUCGACGAGAUGUUUGCGGCGACGAACCUCGUCGAGAACCAGCUUGUGCAGCUCGUCGCCGAGGAUCACGCGAUCGAGGACACGUUGUACCAGCUGGGCCGUGCACUCCAUGCCGAGCAGCUCUCGCUCGACCGGUUUAUCAAGCAAACGCGCAUGCUUUCGCGCGAACAGUUUCUGCGGCGUGCACUCGCCAAAAAGAUUGUGCACAGCCUUGGCUGGACAUAG